AUCACACGUAACGACAAGACUCGAGGGACCAUGGCCCCUCACUCUGAGCAACGGCCAACUGGUCAAACUCUUGCUUCAACUGGUGGUCGUGGCCUAAAACGGAAGGCGCCGAACACACCCGCUGGGAAGGCGGUGGCCUCUGCCGACCCAGCGCGAUUACAGGGGAAAACAACCAGCAGCCGGAAGCCUCCUCCAACAUCCACUGGAGCAAAGGGUGGUGACAAAGGGAAGGGAAGCAAGCCCAUCGAGGAAGGGACAGGGAAGGGAAAGGCGAAGGGCAAGGUGAAGAGCGACAUAGACGACAUAUUUGCGGGCGUGAAGCGAUUGAAAGAGGAGAAGGCGGAGGAGGAAGCAGCGAGGGUGGCGAAGAAAAAGAAGAUUAAGGAGGAACAUAAGCGGCGACAAGCCAAUCCAUUCACGGGCGAGGGAGGCCCCGACAAGAGAUGGGCUUGGGCAGACGAAGUGAAGCCAGUGCGGUUUGACGACGAGGGACUGCCAAUCUACACAUGGGAAUCUCUUAGAAUAGGCCAAGGCGGGGGCACGGCGGCGUGUCCGUUCGACUGCGACUGCUGUUUUUAAGCUAUCUAUCCCGGGUUUGGUGUAGAUGGCACCCGCGAGGUCGAGAUUUUUGCAGUGCAUAGAUGAAUCCACACGUCGGUCGCCUGCGUCGAAGAGGGCGGCGUCAAACCGCUCCGCGCACCCCUUUUGAUGAGGCUGCUUUUGAUGCCGCCAGCUAUAUAGGCAUACUGCAUACGCAAACGGUGUGGUCUGGCGAAGCUUGUCGGUUGUGCCGCAGCGAUGAAACGAUGGCGCGGGGUAACCUGCUGUCUACGGCGACGUUUGUUGGGUGUUUGCUGGGUGGGGUGUGUUGUUGC